AAAUCUACAUAUAUAUACACAUAUGAGACUGUCUAAAAUACCAAUAUGCACAUAUGUAUAUGAUCCCAUGAAUCUUUUGUUCAUAUGUUCAUGUUGGUGAUAGAAUCUCUGUCCUAAAAGCUAUCUUUGUUUCAUGUAUCAAGAAGGGAGUGAGUAGAUUUCAUCCUUGUUUCAUUCUUCUCAGGUUGAUCAGACUGACAGAACACUCCAUUGCCAACCUUCUGCCUCUGUAAUUCUACUCGUUUUGUUGUUUUUAAUAAUCUUUUGUUCAGCCAAGCUGAGCUUGCACCUUGUAUUUCUAAAAGUGCAUUUAUAUUUACAAUUCUAUAACCCCAAAACUUCACUUUUGAUCCAAAUGGGUCUCUCAAGCCUCCCAGCCCCAUCCGAGGGAGUACUGUGUAUACUUCUGGUAAACACUGCCCUAUCCAUCUCAAUUGUCAAAGGCAUAGUCCGAACCAUCCUUCAUAUUGUUGGUAUCCAUCUUACAUCAGCAUCGGCUUCACCCUCAUCAACAGAUUCUACUCAAAACCCCCCAGAGUCAUUCGAAUACUGUAAUACUUCUGAGAGUUACAUUGAGGAGUUCAAGAACCGGACCCCAGCUAUUCGGUUUGAUACAGUGUGUAGCUAUAAACAGCCAGAACACGAAUGCUCGGUUUGCUUGAAUCAGUUUGAACCUGAAUCAGAGAUAAACCAAUUGUCUUGUGGCCAUCUUUUUCAUAAAGUAUGCUUGGGUAAGUGGCUGGACUAUUGGAACAUUACAUGUCCUCUCUGUAGGACUCCCUUAUUGCCUGAGGAAGAAGCAACUUGCCUUUGGUGAGCAUAUACAAGUUAUUUGACUCAUGUAAGUCUAGGGAAUUCCAUGUACAGCAUAGUGUACAGUUACUUGCUUAUAUGCAUCGGCUGGUUGUAGUGUUAUACGCAUGUUAUGCAAGGAGUUUUCAGUGUGAUAUGUUGAUGAAUCAUCUUUGAGACCAAAAUCUUAAUAUUGUACGUAUUGUGAUGUUUCUGAUGUUACACUUAUAUAUGCAUCAGACUCUAGCUUGAGCGUUUUUGUGGA